CUUUCCGUCUUGUGUCUCCGGAGUCCGCCUCGACACAGCUGCGGGUCGACCGACUCACUUCAACGAAGUACUCCUUCGGCGGUGAAUGCAAUGUCAAGAUCCGCAAUAAGGUAUCGAUCGAUGGGCUGAUCACGAUGCUUCCCUUGAAAUUACCCGGAGACCGUUGUGAACGGGCCGUCACUUCCUGCGCCAACUGCCGUUGCACCAUCAGAGAGCGCAAGACGUACUGGAAGUUGAAAUUGCCGGUUCUUCCUUACCCGUCGCGUUUCCCCACCGGAUGCCCCGCGUGCCACCUGCUCCUGGGCUGACCUCAGAUGGGGACGGACCCCAAAUAUAUUCCCCGUCGCCCGCUCUGAAGGAAUAUCUUCUCGGACGAGAACUGCUGUUUCAACACGUCUGUGAUUUGACCUGUUAAGAAUAGACACUGCGACUUGUAUCAUCUAACCUCCAGAGGAAACACCCAGUGACUUCACACCGAUACCUCGACAGACAAUACCAUGGCGUCCGGACUACCGUCGACUUCGCUGAAGAAGAUCCGACUCGUGCGCAUUGCUCAUGUAUGGUACAAGCACGAGAACAUCGAGGCCGCGAAGCAGUUCGCCCUCGACUUUGGCUUCGUGGAAACGGCCCAAGUCGGCAAGACAACCUUCUACCGCGGUUAUGGCACCGAACCCUUCGCUCUAGCACUCGAGGCAUCAGACCAGAACGAGUUUGGCGGUGCGGCAUUCGUCGUUGAGUCGGAGGAGGAUCUGGUGCACGCGUCCAAGGUAUUGCCCAAAGAGUGCAGGGCAACCGAGGUACACGAGAUGAAGGACGUCCCGGGCGGCGGAAAGCGAGUCACCUUUUACGACCCCGUCGACAGCUUCCCCUUCCACCUCGUACACGGCCAGACGCCAGUUGCCUUGGAGGACCCUGGGUUUCCCAUAGUCAAGUUUAACUUUCCCGUUGAGAAGCACCGCGGCCCCAACGAAUUUCAGCGCUUCAAGAAGCGGCCUGCGCCAGUUCACAAGCUCGGCCACUUCGGCAUGUGCGUGACCGACUUUGCCAAAUGCUAUGAGUUCUACUCGACUUACUUCAACUUCCACCCGAGCGAGCUCGUCCACAAUGACCAGGGCGUCGACAAAACCGUCUUCUUCCGCCUCGACCGUGGCGACGAGCUCGUCGACCACCACUGUUUCUUCUUCUUCGAAGGUCCCAAGAUGCACGUCCAUCACUCGUCCUUCGAGACGCACGACUUUGACGCCCAGGUGCUCGGCCACGACUGGCUGCGCCACAAGGGAUACACCAACUGCUGGGGUGUCGGGCGGCAUGUCAUGGGCAGUCAAAUUUUUGACUACUGGUUUGACCCGUCUGGCUUCAUCAUGGAGCACUAUGUGGACGGCGACCUACUCGAUAUGAAGGAGCCGACUCACCAUACAAAGGCGGCGCCGGAUAAUCUGCAUGUUUGGGGUCCCGAGGUGCCGGCAACUUUCUUGCAAUAAUUGGAUUGGGUCUGCGAAAAGAGCGCAACUAUCACCGAGUCAAGGGUGAAUGGAUGCCUUGUGGUGAGCAAGGUGGCCGCAACGUUCUUGGCUGAACGAUGUUAUGAUUAGAUAUGCCAUGAAAAUGCCACCUUUUCAGAGGGAUAUCAACUAUGAGAUCGUAGUUCGAAGGAUGGAGGUUGGCGCGUGCAUGGAGAGGGUCUGGAUGUAUUACUAUUGCCUUCAGUUAUGCUUAGCGAUUGCAGAGCGUGCUGGAGAUGGAAGUUUGGGGUAGCCUCUGUUGCACCGGCUCCUUAAGAGUUCAUGGGUGACGGUCGAGCUUAUCAGAUGUACCGCCUCCGUUGGUGAUGCUGGUGGACGAAUGGGACACUUCAGCUUUGUUCUUUGCC